ACACAGAGAGCCUGUCCGUCUUUCUUCCAUUCAUCACCGGAACCGUGGAGCUCGUGCACCAGCACCAUCCUGUUCUCCUCUCCUCCUCCGAUCACCGGCACCGACCCCAAGGACACAACAGCCGAGCCGCCGGCCAUCACCCGCGGCCGGGCUGCGUUGGAUAAAUGACAUGGAGCCUGCUAUCGCACAACAGGGUGAUAUGCUUAUGUGUUUGCGUCAGCAUGGAGUCCACUGGCAUGAAGCACUGGAGCCAAGGAUCUUCCCUGGAGACAUGAAUGAUUUUGAUGUCCAUGUUCUCAUCACUUGACCAACAGGAAAAUCUUCCCGAAGACAUGUUGAUUCAAAAUGAAGAUUGAUGCCAGCCUGACUAUGCCCCAGCUCCCCGAGACCCUGUCCCAGGCUGGCCUACAGUUCACUGUGGCCACUGAGGAGGACUUUGAUGACAUCAUGGCUAUGAGUCAGGACAUCUACGGAGGCCUUGACUACUUGCCCACCAGAUACACCAGCUGGCUGCAGGAGACUAACCGUAUAGUCAUACUGGCUCGCAAACAUGGGAAAGUGAUUGCCCUGGAGUCGGUGUGUGUGAUCGACGAUGGGGACACCAUGUUGGUGGAGGGUCUGCGUGUUGCCCCUCAGGAAAGAGGCAAAGGCGUGGCCGGGGUUCUGCUGCGUUUCUGCAACGAGCUGGUCAAGUUCAAGUACCCAGAGGUCAAAGUGUGUCGCCUGACCCGUGAUGAUCAGCUCGGGCCAAAGGACUUCCAGAAGUAUCGCCUCAUAACCAAGCAGGGUAUUCUGCUCGUGCGCUUCAGAGCUGAAGACCUGAAACUCCGUCUGUCUGAGCUUGGUGUGGUUGGCGAUAUCCAGUCCUCUUUGCCCACCUCCUCCCCUAAAUGUCCCCCGGUGCGUCUGGACCACACAGCUAUCCACCGGCUGUAUCUGACCACUGACCUGAUGCAGGGUGUGCUUCCUAAUUCUACCAUUAUUCAAGACUGGCAGCCAUUCAAACCCUUGCCCAGUAACAUGGCCAUUCUACUGAAGAAGGACAUCGACUGGAUGGUGGAUGAUGUGUCCAACCCUGCUGUGGCCAGUCUCUGCACCUUCCCUUUCAGGGUGCCCAUCGGUGAUGACUGGUAUUACCUGAAUAUUGACAUGUUCGGUAAAAACCUGGACCUGGUCCAGCAGCAGUUCCUAUGCCACCUGCAGCGCCACACUACUUCCCUGAAGGGUCACGUGAUGUGCCAGAUGUUCCUGGACCCACUGCUGUGGAAGCCCAUGGCCGAGUUCUGCCAAAAGAUCCUGAGCGUGGAGCUGGUGAAGGAGUACACCGAGCAGUGUGUGGUGGAGUCAGAUGUCAUCUAGUUACUGAAGGUGGAUGGAGAGGAGAGGAAGAUGAGAAAGAAACCAGAAAGGAAUUAAGACAAGGGUCUACACAACAAGGAAUGGACACAACUCAAUUACACUUAACAGAAAAAACACAACCCUCUUUACUGAGGAGACAGAUACCAAGCAAACAAAGCGUAGUCUCUAACAUCUAUAACAAUGCAGAGUUCACCUUAAUAGUACACAACAAAUACGCAGUGUGGACAUAAAAUCACAAACAGGUCAUGUAAUCAGCAAUCUAUUUUUUUAAUUAAUACAACUUCUAAUUUAUUUUUAAUUACCAUUUUUAAGGCUGUAUUUUUGACUGAUCUGUCCACUCAGUAAACAAGAGGGGGUAUUCACUACAGGUAAUUAUCUGAAAUACUUUCAUUAGUCUUUAUGGGUGAGAAUUUGGACCUAAUAGAAUUUGAAUAGACCAUAUGGUCAUGUGGUUGACCCAUAGUGUUGGGGUGAACCAAAGAAGUGUGAAAGUUCAUUUGUUUGUUUGACUAAGGCGUAUGCGUUUUGGUCCGAAACAUCAUGGACCUUAAUCAGAGUCUAAAUUCCAUUUGUUGAAUUUAUACACUUUUCAUUUAUUUGAAGUAUCAUUUUUAAGGCUUUAGUUUUGAAUUGAGCCCAGUGAAAAAAGGAGGGGAUAUUGAGUACAAAUAAGUAGCAGAAACACUUUAGGAAAGGGUUUUAGGUUGAACAUUUGGGAAAGUGUUGGGAUCAAACAAAGCAGCGUGAAAGUAAAUUUACUCCUGAAUUCAAAACAUCAUCGUCCUUCGCCAAAAAUAUAAUUUGUUGAUUUGAUAUAACUUUUCAUUGAUUUAAAGUAUAUGCAGGUGUAUUUGAUAUCUGUGCACCCAGUAUAAAGACAGCUGGCUAUUGUCUGUCUUUAUACUGUCGUCUUUAUGGGUGAAAACCAGAGUGUUGUGGUCAACCAGCUUGAAAGUCAUUUUACUGAAGGGGAUACAUUUAGGUCCAAAACAUCAUGCACUGCAAACUGUAGCCUUAAAAAUGGUCAUACAUUUGGAUCAUCAUCCACACGACUUUACUUGAAUUGAAGUUUAGAAUGAACUGAUUGCAUGUGUUUUUGAUUUUUUGUUCACCUCUGUACAUGAAUGGAAUGGUAUUGAGGGUGGUGAGCCUCGGGAAGCGUUCUCACACUAAUGCAGAGAUGAAACCUCAAAAAGAGGGAGAAGAAAAAAAAAAUCGAAAUCUUUGAGGAAACAAACGUAGUUCUCUUACAUCACCUCAACUCUUCCAUCUCUGUUCUUUCUGUAAAUAUAUAAUGAAAAAAAAUAUGUACACAAGCUGAGUUAGCGGGUUACUAAAUCUGCACACCUCUGGGGGCACUUUAUUAAAACUAUACACACAGGUUGUGUCAGAGUUCGAAUGAGAACGAAUAGUUCAGGAUCAAAUAGGGAUCACUGACAGAUCCCGUCACUCAGUUACCCAACAUCAACAAUAAUUAAAGCUUAUUAGUAAAAAUGAACAUGCUCAUUCACAAAAUGGCUUAUAAAUAAUCCUUCCUCAUGUCUUAGAGUUAGUCUUUUUUAUUAUCAUUUUAUUAUUAUUAUUAUUAUUGUUGUUAAGUAACUAAUUCAAUCUUUUUACAUGAAUGCUGCAAAACAUAAUUAACAGAAGUCAUCAACUCAACACACUGUUUUACGUAUAAUCUAGGCUUAAGUUUGUAAACGGCUGAAGCCAAACAAAAUGCUAGAGCUUGGAAUUGUUUAACAGACGACUGUGAGCUCUGAUGACUUCAGUGAACACGAGGCUCUGUAUUUAGUUACGUGUCACUACACAAGACCUGUGUUCAUAUUAGAAAGAUAUUCGUCAAGGAUGAUAUUCUGCACAACUGGCAUCACAGUACAAAACACUGUAGUUAAUGAUCUAAUUAACUUAAUUACUAACAUUAUCUAUUAUAUGUCAAAAAAUGUCUAAAUGGCUAACUUAUAACACUUUAUUGUAAAAUUGAUGCAGCUGCAAAUUUUUAUUUUCUACCUAUAUAAACAUCUCAAAACAUUUUCAAUGCAUUUUGUAUUUUCAGCAUUUGUAUGAUUGGUAACGAAUGGAGCCUACUUUAAAAUAAAUCUGAAUUUGUUUUCUGCAGCAUUCCACUAGCCGGGAAUAUGACAUUUACAUUCAUAGUUGACUGUUUGAAUGAUUUAUAAGCAUAAGUGCUUUUAUGGCAUGUCCUAAUCCACUAUUGUCUGUUGAGUUUAUAGUCGUUUUUUAACAAAUUUAACCUGAUAUUUAUUUGCCCCGAUAACCAUCAAUAAAUACAUUUGUCUGGAAAGAAAAGAAGAAUAUCUUGUCUGUAGUUCUAGCAAUAUUUUAAGAAACACUAACUAUAAUUAAGUUCUGACUUAAUGGAUGGUUUCUCUGUCGUACCUGCGGUUCAUUAUGGUCACGUUCCCUGUUUUCUUACAGGUAAUUCAGACAUGUGUUUGAGAGCAGAGCUAUGAUGAAAGAGAGCAGACAUGGUAUUGCAACCUUUUCCAGACUCCUACUGCACCACAUUGUUUUCUUUGUUUCCCAAACAACUUUAUUUAUUGAUGGCUAUCUGUGUAUGAGAAGGUUCAGAAACAAAUGACUGACUUUACAUUGAAAUUUGAGGGGCUCUGUUUGAAUGAUCUGAGCAUAAGUGCGUUUAGAACGUGUCCAAAUCCACUUUUGUCAGUCGAACCAGUUGUGUGUAGUUUGGGUGUGACAUGCUAUAAACCAAUCAGACUGCCAUCACCAGUUCCCUUUAAAAGCCAGGUGAGCUUGCGCUUUGGUGGAUUGGAAUUACAGUUGGAUAACCAGGUAGUAAGAGAGAGAGAACACUGAAGAAAAAUGAAUGAUAAGUUUUUAUGCAAAAUGAGAACAAGUGAGACGAUCAUCUGCACGCUGUGCUCUGAUGUAUGUACAGAAGGUGUAUGUUACCAUCGUGAUCGUGUGGUUUAGAAAGGUGCAAUUGCUUCCUGCUGCUUCAGGAGAGCAACACUUCACCUGACCAAAAUGUGACAAUGGGCACUCUGAUGAGUGCAUAUUUAUUUUCUUAGGGUGUAGGAUGGUGGAAUUACAACUGCUGUAGUCUGGAACUAGCAGAGACAGUUGCAUCGAGCUUUGUUUUGGCUGGAAGAUAAAGUCUGAUCUGUAUGUGCAGGAUAGUAACUUUGUUAUUAGCUGCAUAGAUGAUAAGACAAGACAGAUGCUGGUGUGUUGCACAUUUUUGGAAAAUGAAGUGACUGAGGCCAUGCUGCUUAUGUAGGUGCCUGUUUUGGAGGGACAGCCAUCUUGACUAAUCACCAUUCUUUUUUCCUGUCACUAUGUGGCGCUAUUGUUGAAUAAAACUCAGACACACUUUGUUACUAAAAUAGCUAACGUAUAAGAAUCAAGCCCCUUUUCCACCCAGUGGUCCAGUUUUGCUUCAUUAUUAUACGCAAUUAUUUGCAAUUCCAUUGCCAAAAGCUAGAACGGGUACCAAGUUAACCUGCCUGGCUAACACCAGACUGCGUCUCAGUAUGAGUCUGGAAAGCCUCAAACUUCUAAGAGGCAUGGCCAAACAGACGUAGAUCAAAAUGCCUCUGUAUGUAAUUGGAUAGACCUACAAACAAUGAGACAAGUCGUCCGGAGGACAGUAAAUGUAUUUUUUGUAGUUUUCUAGAAAUAGCGUCCAACGUCUUUUGCUUGCUCCGUGGACCAAAUCGCUUGGGGGCAACAACCAUAUAGAAAGACAUCUUCAGUGGCUACCAUGAUGUUAAGCCCACUUGGAAGUGGGCUUAACAUGAUGACACCAGGGGAAAAAAUAUGUUUGUGAUUGGUUACCUUUUUCAGGAGAUUCUGAAGUUGGCCAAAAUAGCAUCCUUGUCAGACUCAGCUGGAUUCACCCAGACAAACAAAUUAACAGUUGUCUAGCUCCAGUCUGUUGAUUUGUCAACAGUGAAUCAUCACUUGUGCCAGCGCGGCAGCCUUUCUCUCAAAUAAAGCUCAGCGUACGAUGCAGUAUGUCCUCCAUCGUUGUUCUUCGUUUACUUUGUCGCCUUUGUCUUGUGACAUAGCUAACACUUAUUACAUAAAUAACUACAUAAUUGGACUAUCCUGUGGUGGAAAGUGGGGGUGUAACGUUCCAAACUAUCCUGUGGUGAUCUGAGCUUGUACCGCUUUGUGGAAAUGAGGCAUUAGUGACAUCUAAUGGUGAAACUGCAGAUUCUGAUAUUAAGCAUAUUGAUGAUAAUGAGACUAAGUGACCCUGACAUAAUUUGAAUACGAAACCUGAAGUGAUAAGCAAAAUGUAGCAAAACAUGUUCUCCCAUUUGCUAUUUUGCCUCCUACACUGCUCCAGUGUCUCUCCUUUCAGUUGAGUUGAUGUGAUGACUGUAAAGGCUAUCACAUGUGAGUCAAAUUACUUCCCAUCAAACCAUUCAGUGAGGCCUUUGUGACGCCCAUGUGUCCACUUAUGUGUUCUCAAGUUUCCUUAGGUUUGUCAUCUGUCAGUAUGUGAUGCAUAGAUGCAUCCAUUAUGCAAAAUGAUAACUCAUCCGUUUAUGUAUCUUACAGCUGAGGACGUUUGAAACUUUGGCUGUUUUUUUUAGCCACACUAAGUGCAUGGCUUUAAGAAUGGUGAUGUGAAUUGGUAUUUUGCUCCUCCAAUUUUGCCCGGACUGAAAUAUCUUGAAAAGAUUGGAUAGAUAGUUCAAGUGGUCCUCAGAGGGGAAAUCCCCUCAUACUUUUCAUAGUGCCCCCCCAAAAAAUGUGUCACACACCAUUGGAUAUUGGAAAAAGAGAAAAUAAAAGUAUGACGUGUAAACCUUAAAUAUCAUGUACAUUUUUCACUAUGCAACGUGCUGUAAAGAGAGACAUUCGCCACCACGUCAUGUGACUAGAAUGUCAGCAUGUCUGUCACACAGGUGGUGACUGAAUCAGCACAAAUGAAACACAGCUUUCAUAGUGAAUAAAAAGAAGACUGUAUUGACUGUAUGCACAGAGCGUCACUUACAAUAAGCUUACAGUACAUACACUGAAAUAUAAGCUGGCUUGGACUUUGUAAGAAAACGUUAACAUUGUCUUUCAGUAGUUGUUCAGUAGUUAGCCCUGAGGGAUUCAACAUGGCCUAAAAUAAAAAAGGCCCUUUAAUGUAAGUGUCGUGUGGGGACAGAUCAUUUGUGAUUUAAUUAUCUUCACUGUUGAACAUCUCUGCAUCUACGGCUGACAGCUUAUUGGAAGUAGUCGGGCUGGCUUAAUUGGAAGUAACUGCGCUUAUAGUCAAGUGAUAUCUGGAGAUACUAGUGGUUGUUAUAUUGUACUGGACAUGAAAUAAUUGUCACGCCAUCCCUAGCUGUAAUAACAUACACCGUACGUCGUUUUAGCAAAUGUUAGCAUGCUACCAUGGUAAAGCCCAAUGAUAACCCUGCUAAACACUGACAUUUUUAACAGUCGUGUGCUUGUUAGCACACUAGCAUUAGUAUCUAGCUCAAAGCAUAGUGCCUAAGUGCAGCCUCGCAAAGUGGCUAUAGCUUUGCUGUGGACCAUAGAAGAAGAAAUACACUGAACAUGUGUCAUUUACACUUGACUUUCUUUGGCCUCCACCUUCCUGUGGUCCAUUAUUUUCCUAUACUAGGAUAUACGUACCUACAUAUACAGCCUCUGUUAGAGGCACUUACACAAUAUUCACAGUUCCAUUGUAGUGGUUCACACACACACACCAAUGCUCCUGUUAAAGGUACAGUGUAUAGAAUUUUAAGGGCAACUAUCUUCAGAAAUUGAAAACUAUAUUUGUAUCAACUCUUUCUUUUCAGGUAUUAUCAAGUGAAGUGUAAGAAUUGUUGCAUUUCUGUUGCCUUAUGGUCAGUUCACACCAGACCAGUUGGUUGCAAUAUGCAGCUUUAUCCCUAGAGGCCACUUAAUCCUACACACUGGUCCUUUAAAUUUGUAUGAGGAGCAUUAGUCUGAGCCAAACAUAAAUACACUUCAUGAAAACCUCAGCUUGUAAAGACGUACUUAAUCUUUCCAUUGUUGUGGCCACGUUUCCCUAGUGGUAAGCAAAGUGAAAUCAUUAGGCCUCAUUCUGAAGAACUACAGUAUAUCCGUUUUUUAAAAGGUUUAACAAAGAAUUUCAGAAAUGAAUGUCCAUUUGUUAAUAUAAAAACCUUAAACAUAUUCUGAGGAGACCAUUUGACCCUAUUGGUUGUAACCAAAGAAAGUCACCACUCUUCAAAAGUGAUGUCCUAUUAUUUGCUGCCUGAGUGACCAUACGUGAUGAUAUGCAAGUUUGGAGAGGCCAUGGAUGUAAUUAUUCAUACAAUGUGAUCAUUUUCUUUUGAUUAUGUAUUUAUUAAUCAGCAACCUUUGAGUAACAUGAUCCAAACUGUGCCGCCAUGAUCCUGCCUGAAUAUUCCAGACUGUAAAUUUGUCUAAUGUGAACGGUGUAUGUUAACACACAAAAAAAACAUAUAAAUCACCACCACAUUUUGUUUAUACAUUUUAAAACUAAAAAACAAUGUUGUGGUUAUUGGUUAACGUGUAACUGGGGACACAAAGCUAAAGAAAGAGACAGGUUCAUCAUCAGCACCUAUUUAUGCAUUUCAAUUACAGCAGAACUAAGAAGUCAGAACUGGGAGUGACCUGUGAGUACACUGUGUUCUAGUUAAGAAGUCUGAAACACAAAUGUACCAUUGGCUAGCCAUUAUUAGCUAUUGUUAGCAAUACUGCUCGAUAACAACGCAUAGCAACUUAGACAGUGCUAUUUGUUGUUUGUAUAGUGCCAGCCAUCUUGGAAUCCUAUCUUGGGGUACGUGAGGUUGCUCCUAGUUCUUGAGUUCAUGGAGUUCUGACCACAGAUGCAACCAAUGUACCAAAUCCUUUGGCGGUCAUUUUUGACGAACACCAAAAGUGUGACUAAGGGCACUUUCACACCAAAGCUGUUUGGUCCACUUCAAACAGACCUGAGCUUGUUUGCCCGGAUAGUCCACUUAGUUAGGGCAGGAGUGAAAGCUUAUAUGAAUGCCGACCAGACAAGUGAACUCUGAUCCGCCUGAAAAUGUGGGUGUCGGGUGACUGCAAGUGAUCCCUGGUGCUGUUCGCUUACAGAGGCAGAGCAAAGCAAAGAGAGGGAGGGAUUGAGAUGAUCUCCAUAAUAUAUGAUCUGAAAACUGAAAUCCUUGCAAUUCUUUGCUUGGCAUAACCACAGCAGCACGUCGUAGUCUCUCACACGCCGCCGUCUUUUUUGAUACUGCUUUAUUCGUUGCACGUACCGAGCAACAUGCUGAAUAGCUUGCUGCCUCACGUGCUGCUCAUACCGGGCAGCUUCUCUUACCCGUUGACAUUGUGUGACAUUGUCCAGGCAGUUUUGGUCCACUUACAAAAGUGCAGUGUGAAAGCAAACCAAACUAAAUAAAGGUGUUGACAUUUCUAGCUUUCCACACCCAAUAAACUGAGUCCCCCAGACUAUCCUGGUGUGAAAGUGCCCUAAGUUGAAUAAACCUAUCAAAAUUCACUUGAUAGUAGGGAUCAGAUAUUUUAUUUGUUCGGGUGCUUGGUGUGGAUGAUAUGAUGAGGUCAUGAGAUACCGAGAUGUAAAACACGAUAUUCAUGCUUUAGAAAAGUUGUAAAUAUCAGUCACAUUAAACAAAACACGAUAAAUGCGGUUGGUCUUAAACCCCAUUGUUGAUUAUUGAAAGUAAAUUGAAUUGAAGAGGUCACAUGACUUCAGGUGGAGGCUGGACCACAUCAGCUAGAUUCUGCUGACUGCGGAAUCCAUUGUUCCAUGAUAUACCAAGAUAAUUAAGUCACUUAUUUCUCACUAGAGUUCUGACUGCUGAUGUGCUGAUACGAAUAUAGUGAUGGUUCCUAACUGGGCCAAGAACUGUCUCUACUCAGAGGACCAUUUUUGACUCAAGACUCAAAACACAAAGUAUGUUAAAGUGUACAAAUUUUAGUUCAGUAUCUAAAGUAGUAGACCUAUUAUAGCUAUAGAUGUUCAACCACAAGGCACUAAUAAUAAGCCCAUGUUAAAUCCCCCAUAGAUCCACCCUUGUAUAUUUUCUAUCAGGAUCAUGAGAGGUCAGUUUGGUUUGAAUUCUAUUUGUUUUCAUAAGAAAACAAAGCUUGUUCAUUUCAAUACUAAUAUACAUUUUGGUUUUUAAAACAACACAGUAACCCAUGUGUAGCCUCUGUAUGAUGAUAAUAUCAAUGCAUGAAGAUUGGGAUUUUAAAAAGGCCUUUGUUCAGCAAUGAAAAAGUACAUAUGCAGCCCACUCAACACACACAUACUUGUACAGCAUCCUUAGUGAGGAUAGCCCCUUACCCUAAUCUUAACCUUAACCUUUAAACCAAGUUUUAACUGAUAAGCAGCCCAUUUAAGAUGUGACAGAACAUGAGGACCAAUUAUAUUGUCUUCAAUUUCACAAAAUGUCCUCAUUUCCUGUGGUUUUGUACAUAUUUUGGUCCUCACAAAGGUGUAUGUACAAGUACACACAAACUCAGGUGGGAACAUAAGAACAGUGAAUUGACUUAUAUUCAUUUGGACAGACUAAACAAAGUGUUAUCCCUAACCUUAACCAUAACCAUAACACCGAACGCUAACCUAACCAUGAUUCAAAUCUUAGUCAGUUCCUCAGAAAUUAGGUUCUGCCUCAUUAGGACCAGUUUUGGUCUCAAAGAGGACUACUGGUCCUGAGAAGGUCACACAUACACACACACACACACAUGCACACACUCAUUCACUAUAGUAAAGUGUAUCCUGCUCUUUAAUCGUUUUAAAUUUAGCUUCUUCUUUUUUUAAUAGAAUUUCACAUAACCCUGUAACACUGGAAGCAGGUGUGACCCUUGAGAGGUUAUUUCACAUUUUCUUACACAGCCUAUUCUUUGUUGUCUUGUCAUGCUAAUUUGUAAUCCAUGUAAAUACUGUACAUUGUGCUGAAAAGGCCCUGGAGCAUGUGUGUGAUACCAGAAUGAAGGCUUUGUUUUCAUUAAUGUCAACACUAACACCAUGUGAUAAAUAUUGGCCAGUUGUGAUUAUAACUUUCACUCAUCACUUUACCUUUUUUUAAGAGAAAAAAAAAAUUAAUUAAACUUUCUGUUUUUCAAUGUUCACAUAUUGUGUUCUAGUGCAGUGUUUCCAAAACGUUUUUUAUAAAGGGAACUACAUUUUAAAGAUGGCAAACACAUUUCACAACUUGACAAGAGCAAAUUUGUACAAACUAGAACAUUUCUAACGUUCUCUGUAACAGCUAAUGUUAUUUUAAAUAGGUCAAAUAGUUUGGCUAAUGAAUCGAAACUUCAUUUUAUGCAUGUGUGAUUGAAAACAUGUACAUAUAAUUAUUAGAAGAAAAAAUAUGCCAAUUGAUUUUUUCUACCCCUCCAAAAAAAUCUAUCACAACCCAUUUGUGGGUCCUGUUUCUGAGAAUGACUAUGGUGCAGGUGCAUUGUCAGCAUCAUUUCAGCAUGAAAGAAGCCUGAUAUUAGAAUUGCAGGAAGAUGUGUGUUGUUAGUCCAUUAGUCUUGUAAAUUGUGUAAUUUGUCAACAGGAAAAUCGCCUUUUCUUAUUCUCUGAUUAAAUAUCCCUUCUAAAUCCACAGCUAUAGAGGUCUCAGUGUGCUUGAAACAAAGGUACAUAUAAAACAUUGGAUUUAACAACAAUCCUCAUGUCCUCAUGUGCAGUGUGGAGGUGGAAAACUCACAGACACUUUGUUUAAGCAUGCUGAGAUCUUUAAAGGAUAGUGAAGAUAGUGUGAUGUGUGAGGGAGUGACACAUAGUCAGCACUGACUGUGCUGUUUACCGUCCCUGCGCUCAAACACAGGCCUGAAACCGCAGUUUACAACAGGAAAGUGACGUUUAGAAAUUGAACAGUUGCAGUGGGUGCUCACUUACAUUGGAAGUCAGAAGUCAGACCUGGGAGUAACAUCAUCCCAGAGUUCACCAUGUUUCACUUGAGAAAUCCAAAAACAAAAAACAUAUCUCUGACUGGCCAUUGUUGGCCAAUAUUAGCAAUACCAUUCAGUAACACUCUCCAUGGUAUUUUGCACACACAAACAGUGUAGCCACAGUUAUUAAAUUAAACAGUACUAUGUGUACAACUGAUUUACUGUGAAACAAGUACAACAGAAGUGACAUUAAUGGUAAAUGUAGCAGUGGAACGCACCAUUAGUGCUAAUUAUGUGUUAUUACCUCAUACAACCACACUCAAAAAACCCUUAACUACCAGUUUAAGGUUAAAGUGUUUGUGUAGUGUGCAUCUACAAACUCUCUCAUACCCUUUGACCUGCUGGGUUCAUGACAUUGCUCUGGUCAGUUCCAGUCAUGUUAGCGCUGCCCUUCAGGUCUAUUCAUUUAAACUGUGUGUGCAGAUUAACAGUAAUCCAAUCCAAUGCUGUUAUUAAGCUUUAUUGAGUGAUAAAGACAACAAGGUUUUUCAUUGAAUUACUUAGUUUUAUGAAAUAAAAUGUCAAGACUAAUGGUCUUCUUUUGUAGCACUACUGCAAAGUUGACCCAGUCCUUAUCACAUCUGUCAUCUUUAAUCCUUAAAGUGAGUCAAUUAUUAAACAUAAUGUGAAUUCUGCUGAGUCAGAUAAAGAGCCAAGAACAUCAGUUCUAUAUUUAUUUUUGAUCAGACAUGUAUAUUCAACUCAAGGCUUAUAUACCUGACUUUUUCUGUAUAUUAAGUAAAAUGGCUGUGUGUUCUUCCCACAUCUCAGAAACUAGGGUUGUCACUUUAAAUGCUUUCUUUUUAAAUGGUCAUAAAUGAUAACUAAUGGCUUUAUUAAUAUUGUAUAAGUCAUAAACACUGGUGUUUUUUUAAUGGGUUGAGGUGAAUGGGAUAAUAGGUUAAUCUUUAAUACACAGACUCGAUGGCCAAUUAGAAAUGUGUGGAAUCAACGCAGUUUCUCAGUAUGUAAACAACCACUACCAACCUGGACGUCUCCUAAACUCUCAUCAACUCUAGUGUACAGCACUUUAGAAGUACUGAAUGCACAAAUAUAACAUUUUUAUGGAUUGUAGAAAAGUAAAAUGGGAACACGAUUUAAGUCAGAAUCUUCUCUAAAUCAAACAGCAAAUGAUGUCAAUUUUCAUUGCCUUAAAGCUGGAAUAGCCACGUUUUGGUACUAAAGUACAACUAAAGUACUAAAAAUUGAAAAGUGGGGAUCACUUUAUCUUGAUAGUCUUUUUUGACUCUCUUUUUUAGUAUCAUGUCGAUAUUAAUCAAAUAAUAAUCAAAAUAAAAUGUUAGCAGAAAGUGAAAUGGUGACAGAAAAAAAGAAAAAAGAUUGAUUUACAGCACAAAGUAAAUGUGUUAUCGAUUUGUGUAUCUUUCAUUAAUUUGCCGUAUAAUCUCUUUUCAUUUUGUGCCAAAAGGUCGAUGUAGAUAUUUAAUUUCUAGCGUGAAUUGGAAGUCAUCCACUAGCUCAAUUUAGAUUUGUAUGGAAGUGUAGAACUGCCUCGUUAUAACAAGAAAAUCUCCCCAGUGGCAGUUGUUAAUUUCCUCAAGUCUUUCCUUCAGUCUCACAGUCAACACUUGUGCUCAUCAUUGGAGAGUUUCAUCUUAUUCAGGAGGAAUAAGCGCAUAACUCUGAAGGAAGACGACAACUGAUAAAAAGCAGUGAGAUCUGCUGUAGCAUGGCUGAAAUUGUUGAACAUGUCACUCCAUUUUCAAAAUAACUCCGUAACUAAAUUGGCAUAUUAUGAAACAAACAAACAAUGAACAAACAGUUUUUAAUGUUUCAAAUGUAGAUUCUUACUGGACUAUGGAAAGAACGAAUGAUAACCAGAUUGUUAUUCCAUAUUCACAAAAUCUGAUAUCAACAACUCAACACCAGCUGUGUCUUUUCACUGAGUUUGAUUAGAUUUUUCCUGCUCUGUGGUUCAUGUUUGUUCAGUUUUAGGCACUAAAUGUUGACAGUUGUGUCACUGAUGGAAAACUUUCUGGAAGAGAAUUUGCCUUUGACCUCUAAGUUUUAAAACUUACACCAUUAUUACAGCUACUACAUUAGUGCAGAGGCCCACUGCAGUUUCAUUAGAUGUUGCAACAAUCACCUUGUGUCACUGAUUUAAAUGGGAGACAGUGAAAUAUGAAACAAGCAACUUACACCAGCUUUUCAAUCCAAAGAGCCCUGGUUUAUCCACCGUUAACAAAGCCAUUAAUUAUAACUAAUGACACUUUGCAUGAUUGUCAUUUAACAUUAAUAGAAAGGGUUUAUAUACACUGCUGAUGUAGAAGAGGAAGUAUCUCUAGUUGAUGAGUCUCAGGUGUGUUUCAGGUUUUCAGGAAGUUUCAUGCCUGUGUUUAUGUCAGAGUUGUGGGCUCAAAUACACUGUAAAAUAUUUUCAGAAGAAAAUACUACUUUUAUGAUGGACAUGAUUUCUUUCUUUACUGGAUGUGGAUGCACUGUGUGCUCAAAAGGGAACCUCAAAGAAGUGCCAAACGUCAUGACUCUGUUUUACUUCUCUACUCUGCACUCAAUUAGUUCAUGAAAAAUUUGGUCUUUAAACCUAGAAGAGAAGCCCCUGUAGCACACAAACAAAAGUCAAAGGUGAUUUCAUCAGUGUUUGAAUGUGAAACCGAACUGAAUUAUUCACUUUUGUUUUUCAUUUGGUUAAUUGAAGCACUUGGUUUGAAAGAUGUAAUGAUUAUUUCUUUGUACGGACAUUAAUCAAAUGCUAACACUUUGUGCUGCAGACCCUGUAAGUAUUAUAGGGUAAAGUGUUGUAUUGUUGUAUGUUUUACGAGUUACUGUACAAGCCACUGAGUUAGUGGGUACAGCAGCAUGCACUUUAGUUGUCUUUGGCAAUAACUGAUGCGCUCCUAUCUCCUGUAAAGUAUUAUCAAUUUCAGCGAGCGACAAAUGUCCUUGUCGCACAUCCUGAUGUCCAGAAACAAUCACACAGUUUCAUGUGUCUCCGUCAGUUUGAGAGUAGCUAUAUUUACAUGGAUAUUUCUUCCGGCUUCAGCGGCACCACAGCAGAUGAUCCACACACAUGAUUUGGCAGAGAUUCUUAUGCUCUUCCUGACAUAACCCACCCAUUUAUACAUGGCUUAGCACCAGCGCUAGAAGUACACUAAAUGUAACUGGGGUCAGUUUAGAGUCUCCAAUUAACAAUGAGCAAUGGGGAUUGGGUACCGGGCAGAGACUCGAACCGCAACCUUCUGGUCACAUGCCAAGACCCCUUUCCACUGAGCCAUGGGCUGCCCAGUAUGGACACAAGUAAUCAGAAUAAAAGCAAAAAUAUGUCAUGUAAACAUGCCAAUCCAAAGACUCUGAUCCAAUACAGCUCAUUUUCAAACAAAUUUCAACAAGAGGACUGUGAUAUGUCGAUCGUCAUUUCAGAUGAGAUGGUUUUGCGCCAUCACGUGUCUGAUCCAUGUAAACAUGGCGUAUUUUCGUUUUGUUACUUCUGGAAAAGAAUUCAAAUUAUAUUCCAAAAAAGAAUAAUGAACAAACACGCGGAAGAGAUCAGAUCAUUUCAUUUUUGUCCAUGUACACGAUGGAAUUGUAAAUUCCAAUUGGAACAAUUUUUUUUUAGAGUGAAGAAAUUUUGCACAUGUAAACAUAGCUAGUGUUUUGUUGAAGCUGAGACAUUUCACACACACACACACACAAAACCUUUGUACAUCAGUAUAAAGUGAAACAGCUCUAACAUAGGGGGAAGUUGAAAAGAGUGUUCUGAAAGAGAUGCUGGAUGGGCUAGUUAAGUGAUAACAAAAGUAACUAAGAACAUUUAGUGUACAAGUUUAAAGUAGUUGUUUUUUCUUUAAGUGAGUAAUUCCAUUUUGUGAGACCUCAUACUUUCACAUUUCAGAGGGAAAUAUUGUCCUCUUUUUCAUGAACCUCACAGCUGUAGUCAUUUUUGAUGAUUAACAUUGUUACGUGCAAAAUAAGAUGCACUGCUAGAAAAUAAAACUAACAAGUGUGAUGAUAGAUAUGUGUAGGCUUCAAAGAUAAAAUUUUAUUUUGAUAUGCACUAAGUGAUGCAAACCUUUAUCUCUGUACAUUAAACCUUUCUCUGUGCUUGAUUUGUAGUGACUGCUUUAUCAUGGCUUGAUAGAUUUUGCUUGACAGAUUUGCCUCGAACCUCCACAAGGAGGAACAUGGAAAAAACUCUCAUUUGUUGUAUUUUAAGUAAAGACAAGCAACAAG